GUUGCAUACCGCUCACUUUUCACCUGACGAUUGACAGUUGACAGGUGUCACAACGUUAGGGUUAUAUUGUUGUUAUUGGUCAAACAUCUGAAAAUGAGCGACGCCCCUGCCGAAAAUAAAGGGGCUGAAGACUCACUGCAGUCCCUCCAGUCGUUGAACAUCAACGACGUUGGCGAAACAAGCACGGAUCCCGAAAAUCACAAAAACGACAAACAGAAAAUUGAUAUAUUACUCAAACCCACGGGCAAUGCACCCAUCAUGAAGAAGAAAAAGUGGACGGUGGACGGCGACAAGCCCAUUUCGUGGAUCGCCGAGUUUAUGAAACGGUACAUGAAACUGGAACCACAGGAAAAAUUGUUCCUCUACGUGAAUCAAACUUUCGCGCCAUCGCCAGAUCAAGUCAUGAAAAAUUUGUAUGAUUGUUACUCAACUGAAGGGAAGUUAGUUUUGCAUUACUGCAAGACUCCAGCUUGGGGAUAAAUUGGCUACUUUUUGUGAUACAAUUAGUUUAAUUUAAUUUUAUAUGAUUUAAGCAUAAAGUAUAUAAAUUUCAUUCUA